UGUCAAAAAUGCGUAAAGAAUUAGGGGCGAUUAAGCGGGAAGCUGUGAAAGGUAUCAGAUAAAAGCUUCCAUGGCGGGAAUCGACCUAAAAGGAACACACAAUCGAAAACGCUCAAGAGGGGAAGUGAGAUUUGGUAGUAAACUGACGUAGUGAGAAGAACUCAGCAAUGUCUUCGCAAGAUCCACUCCCGAAAUGGGCAUCGAAGCCUUGUGUAAUGGGCAUCGACGAAGCUGGUCGAGGCCCUGUUUUAGGGCCAAUGGUGUAUGGAUGCUUGUACUGCACUCGUUCCUAUUUGAAAGAACUUUCGUCUUUGAAUUUUGCAGACUCAAAAGCAUUAAAAGAAGAGAAGAGGGAGGAAUUGUUUGAAGGAUUGAAGACUAAUGAGUCAAUUGGAUGGGCUGUUGAUGUCAUAGAUCCUCGGGAACUUUCAUCCAAAAUGCUAAAUAAAGUGAAGAUAAACCUAAAUGAAAUAUCACAUGACUCUGCAAUGGGUCUGGUUACCAAGGUUCUAGGCAUGGGAGUUCUUUUAACUGAGGUUUAUGUGGAUACUGUUGGAGAUCCUGAAAAGUACAGAAUCAAGUUAUCUGAAAAAUUUCCCAAUGUAAAAUUUGUAGUUGCAAAGAAGGCUGAUAGUUUAUAUCCUGUUGUCAGUGGGGCAAGCAUAGUUGCAAAGGUCACAAGAGAUCGUGUGUUGCGGGAUUGGGCAUUGGAGGAAACAGCUGAAAACAUGCAUAGAAACUUUGGUUCUGGAUACCCUGGAGAUCCAACAACUAAAUGUUGGUUAGAAGAUCACAAGCACUCGGUAUUUGGGUUCCCCACAUUGGUCCGCUUCAGUUGGGGUACCUGCACUUCAUAUUUCAAAGACAUUGUUGAAGUAUCAUGGGAAUCAGACAAAGUGGAUGAAGAUGGGGCUACGGGUGGAAGUGGUAAGAAACAAUUAAGACUAAGCAACGUUGGUAUCACCACAUCCAAGAGAAAGAGUGAAGAAAUUGAAUCAAAUGCGAAAGGACGGUGCAAAUUUUUCCAGGCUAGAAAACUUGAACAACUCACUCACUUCUGAGAGUUCAAUGUCAUUCUAUUGUUCGACCAUCCUCCUCUUUUUUGAUAAUCAACUCAAUAGCUGAUAAGUGCUAUAUCUGGUUUGGCUGUGUACUAACGUAGUUAUAGAUAACUAGCUAUGUAACUGGCAUCAAUGUACAUGACUUCCUCCA